AUGAGCAGCAUCCCUCCCGACCCCAAGACUCCGGCCGAGUGGCUCAAGGUUCUCACCGCGGACACACCCAUCAACCUGAAAAUCGUCCCUGAUACGAUAUGCUGGAUUUAUAUCUACGCUUCUAUCCUCGAUCAGCCAAUCUCAGUGUCUGUGGACGGUCAGGAGCCUCUGCUCCUAGAGCUAGGUCCGGGGACGGGAAACGUGGGGGUGAAACUGAUCGUCUUCCCAGAUAAGAUUGAUCUGGAGUAUCUAGAAUGUUACAUGCGAGCAGUUGAUGAGGAGUUACACGCGAGUCUCAAUACGCAGUUGUGCAUUGCUCGAGCGCUGCAAUGGAAUGAUACCGCCAUUGCCUCUUCCCUCUGCUCCUAA